GCGCUGUGACGCUCAGCCGCGCCCUCGGAGUGAGGGUCUCUGCUGCGGACGCCGGGGGCUGGCGGGCCGUGGGCCGCCCCCGGCCUCGCGGAGUGUAGCGCGCCCGAAGGCCAGCGCCUGCCCGCAGUCCGCGGCCCGGUGCUCGGGCUGGGCGGGGAGGCAGACGCCGCACGGUACGCCGCCGGCACCGGCGCUUCCGCGUCGCCGGCUUCCGGCCACUGCGGCCGCCAUUUUGCUCGCGCGGAAGCACCGCGGUGGGGUGGGAGCCCCGCGGGCUGUGCGGCCGCCACCAUGCCGUCGUCCCCGCUGCGGGUGGCGGUGGUGUGCUCGAGCAACCAGAACCGGAGCAUGGAGGCGCACAAUAUCCUCAGGUAGUUGGGCUCCGCCCUGGCCCCGCGCGCUCAGCCCCGGCGACCGGCCCGCCAUUCUCCCCGGUUCCCCCUGGCCCGCGCCGGGCGCCCUGGGAGGAAGCUGGACCUGGCGGCGCUCGGGGGUCGGCUGGUAGGGAUGGCAGCGGGACGGCGGCGCGCGGCGCCCACACGCGGGCGGACAUCACAGGGAAGGCAGCUUCUGGGAUGAGGCGCCCGCUGCCGGGGGUUCUCCGAGCUCCCCGAGGCUGGGCCCGGGGCGAGGGUAGCAGCCGAAGUGAGGGGCUACGCGUCGCCGGCCUAUCAAGCAAACGGGGAUUCAGUGUCCGAUCCUUUGGAACAGGGACUCACGUGAAGCUUCCAGGACCAGCUCCGGACAAGCCCAAUGUUUACGAUUUCAAAACCACAUAUGACCAGAUGUACAAUGAUCUUCUUAGGAAAGACAAAGAACUCUAUACACAAAACGGCAUUUUGCACAUGCUGGACAGAAAUAAGAGAAUCAAGCCCCGGCCGGAAAGGUUCCAGAACUGCAAAGACCUGUUUGAUCUGAUCCUCACUUGUGAAGAGAGAGUGUACGAUCAGGUGGUGGAAGAUCUGAAUUCCAGAGAACAGGAGACCUGCCAGCCCGUGCACGUGGUCAACGUGGACAUCCAGGACAACCAUGAGGAGGCCACCCUGGGGGCAUUUCUCAUCUGUGAGCUCUGCCAGUGUAUCCAGCACACGGAGGACAUGGAGAACGAGAUUGACGAGCUACUUCAGGAGUUUGAGGAGAAGAGCGGGCGCACCUUCCUGCACACUGUCUGCUUCUACUGAGCCGGGCGCCCCGGCUGCCCUCUCCAGCUUCCUUCUAUUCAUACUUUUUCCUUCCUGACGUUUGUUUUUACUUACAGGUGUUCUGCUGGUAACGGUAGCAUGUGACACGGGAGGAGAGGUCCAAAUGCCACAUUAAAGCAAUCAAGUCUUUUCCUUCCCAUUUUUUAGUGGGAUAUUGAUUAUAGUUUUUUUCUUUAACCGAAGAGGAAAGACAGCAGUUUGUGUUAACUUCCCUGCUGUCCCCGUGUCCCCGUGCACCCGCUCCCUCCCCCCUUCCCACCCACGAGAUGUUCAAUGACCUGGAAUUGUCCAAUAAAUAGAUGCUGCUGUCA